AUGAGUGCUGCCUUUGCAAGGAGUGCUUCCUUCGCUAGGAGUGCUGCCUUCGCAAGGAGUGCUGCCUUCGCUAGGCGUGCUGCCCUCGCAAGGAGGGCUGCAUUCGAGAGGAGGGCUGCCUUCGCAGGGAGUGCUGCCUUCGCAUGGGGUGGCGCCUUCGCAAGGUAUGCUGCCUUCGCAGGGAGUGCUGCCUUUGCACAGAUUCCCGCCUUCACAAGGAGUGAUGCCUUCGCAAGGAGUGCUGCGUUCUCUAGGAGUGCUGCCUUCACAGGGAGUGCUGCCUUCACAAGGGUUGGUGCCUACGCACGUAGUGCUGCCUUCGCACGGAGUGCUGCCUUCACAAGUAGUGGUGGAUUCGCAAGGGGUGCUGCCUUCGCACGGAGUGCUGUCUUUGCACAGAGUGCUGCCUUUGCACGGAGUGCUGUCUCCGCACGGAAAGCAACCUUCGCAAGUAGUGCUUCCUUUGCACGGUAUGCUGCCUUUGCAAGUAGUUCUGCCUUCGCAAGUAGUGCUGCCUUCGCAAGGAGAAAUGCCUUCGCAAGGAGUGCUGCCUUUGCACAGAUUGCUGCCUUCGCACGGAAUGCAGCCUACGCACAGAGUGCUGCCUUCGCAAGAAGUGCUGCCUUCGCAGGGAGUGCUGCCUUCGCAUGGGGUGGCGCCUUCGCAAUGAGUGCUGCCUUCGCAGGGAGUGCUGCCUUUGCAAGGAGUGUUGCCUUCGCAAGGAGUGCUGCGUUCACAAGGAGAAAUGCCUUCGCAAGGAGGGCUGCCUUUGCACAGAUUGCUGCCUUCGCACGGAAUGCAGCCUACGCACAGAGUGCUCCCUUCGCAAAGAGUGCUGCCUUCGCAAGGAGUGCUGCCUUCGCAAGGAGUGCUGCCUUUGCAAGGAGUGCUGCCUUCGCAAGGAGUACUGCCUUCCCAAGGAGUGCUGCCUUGGGACAGAGUGCUGCCUUCCCUAGGAGUGUUGCCUUCGUACAGAGUGCAGCCUUCGCAAGGAGUGCUGCCUUCGCAAGGUGUGCUGCUUUUGCAAGGGGUAAUGCCUUCGGAGGGAGUGCUGCCUUCGCAAGGGGUGGUGCCUUCGCAAGGAGUGUUGCCUUCGCAAGGAGUGUUGCCUUCGCAAGGAGUGCUGCCUUCGCAAGGAGUGCUGCCUUCGCAAGGAGUGCUGCCUUCGCAAGGAGUGCUCCUUCGCAAGGAGUGCUGCCUUCACAAGGAGUGCUGCCUUCCCAAGGAGUGCUGCCUUGGGACAGAGUGCUGCCUUCCCUAGGAGUGUUGCCUUCGUACAGAGUGCAGCCUUCGCAAGGAGUGCUGCCUUCGCAAGGUGUGCUACCUUUGCAAGGAGUACUGCCUUCGCAAGGAGUGCUGCCUUCGAAAGGAGUGCUGCCUUUGCAAGGAGUACUGCCUUCGCAAGAAGUGAUGCCUUCGCAAUGA